UCCCUCCUCUCUCAGUUGGGCUGCAAACACUGCUCCCGCUCACACUUUGCCGCUUACUCUGUUUUAUCUUUGAAUGGCAACUCAAUUCAAACGGAUUCAUCCAGAGAAUGGAGGUUAAAGGGCACAGAAGAUGACAUAGCUGAAAAGAAGACUUCUAAAUCUUGAGUGACCACAGUUAUCACACCAGUAAAACCAAUGGAGGACCUCAACGAUAACAUUUCGUUGACUGGGUUCGACCCUCUCUUUAUUGAAGAGGAGGAUGCGGAUCCAGACAAAACCCUCACGGAACAAAGAGAGUGCAACAGUGAACAAGCUGGCUUCACCUUAUCAGGAACACAACUGAAUCAAUCAUCUUUGAUCAAGCCGUACCUACAAGAGAUGGAUGACCUACUGAAAAGUUGUGAAGAGCUCACUGGUUUCUCCUUUGGCUCUCACUUCUCAGAGACAAACCCAACUGAAAUAGUUCAAUGCCACAGAAAAGACAAAGUCCCAAUGGAGAGCAACCAAGAAACAGGUAUUUCUCCCCAAGCAUAUCUUUCCACAAGCUACAUGGACACAAACAUGGAUGGGGCUGGGACAGAAGACCAGCCAGCACAAGACCAUGCGCAAGGCUUGGAGCAGAUCAUCAAAAAGAGUGUAGUGGCCACCGAUGUUUCUCAACAGAGAAAAAUGCCUCUCACUUCAGCAGGUAACAAACUCAGCAACUCCAUGAUUGAGUAUGAGGGCCAUCUGUUGGGGAUGCUUGCAAUGCUGGAAGGCUGUAUGGAAGAGACAGGGAUGGAUUUUGAGCCCCAAGACUGGGCUACAGAUGCAACUCAAGAGUAUGUACACAUCAGUACGAAUUCUAACCUCCGUAGGGGUACAACACUUCCCAUUCAGCAAGAGGGGUUAAUGAAAUUGGAGGCCAGCCCGCUAGAAUUAGAAUUAUGUGCUUAUCCACAUGCAGGGGGGAAUAUACUUUCGGACAUGAACAGAAAUGAGCUGGCAGUAGGUUCAGCAACAGUUGAAAGCCGGACAUAUCCUGUGCUUAGCCUUGAUAACACAAGUGGCUUCUCAAUGGAAAGACUCGGGGGGCAAGGGAAAGCAAACACAGACCAGAGUGUUCUUGAAGCUCAUUUAAGGUUUGCAAGGCCAUCGAUGACAUCAGAUAAUACACAAAAUGGUCCAACGUACUGUGAGGCAACAAGCACAGGAUGUAUGUCUUCUAAUGAAGCCACAUUAACAGAGGGAGAAAUUAAAGGGAUUGAAGUAGACAACAGUCAUUUUCCAGCUGAAGGCACAAAAGCGCUGGGGAUGGACUCAAUUUAUCAAGGCCCUAGCAUGAAUGAAUUAAGCGCACUAGGGUCUCAGAUGGAGGAGUGGAUAGAGGAAGUGCAGCAGGUACAGAAGAGGAGAAAGGAACUGCUGUUGGAGGUGCUUGAGUUGAGAGGAAAUAAAGACAGAGAGGAGGUAGAGGACACAAAUAAAGAGGAAGCGGAGACAGAAGAGCUAAUUGAUAGCAAAGUGGCGGUGUUGAUGAGUGCACUGCGGAAAGAAGAAGAGGGAAGAAGAGAGGAGAGGAAGAAAGAGAUCCAGUGCCUGUGGGAGGAGAGAGCGGAGGAGGAGAGAAGGGUAUGGAAAGUAAACUUGGAGAGACAAGGGAUUCAUGAGGAGCUCAAAAAGCUGAAGAGGAGGCUGUUUGCCAUUGCAAGAGACUGCGCUCACAAUCAGUUUGCCCUGAACACCCAACAUCGAGAGGUGGACGCGCUGAAGAGGGAAGAGGAAAAAAUGAAGUCACUGGUGCUUGAGCUGACAGAAGAGAGUGCCAAGCUAAGAGCAGCCCAUCAACAACAGCUCUUACACCUAAAAGCAGAGCAUCAUGCCCAGAGCUCCAGUCAGACUUCCAAUACCCAGGAUCAGCUGACCCAGUGCAAGAGGCACUCCUGUGGGGAUAUUCAGCAGUAUCUGCAGAGUGGGCUUAAAGCACUUGAGGAUAGAUAUGAACCCAUUAUGCUUGCAUUGCUCAAGAGGAGGGAGGUAACAGCCGAAUCCCUGGUGAAAUCCAAAGAGCAGAACCAGGAGCUCAGAACCAAGCUGAGACCCUUGAAGGAGGAAAUCCAAAAACUGAUUCUCCAGCGAACUUGUUUAGAGGAGAAACUCAAACUUACUCACAUGCAGAGGAGAGAGGAUGUGGUGCAUUACAAGGAGAGAGUUUACACAUUGGAGGAGAGCAGCAGAGAGCUGAAGACUGAGUUAAAUCUUCAGAAGAGGAAAACCAAAGAAAUAGAAGAAUUGAGAGACAGCCUAACCAAACGUUUACUCCUUUACAGAGCUGCCAUUAAGGACCAUAACUGUGAUGACGAGCAGAAAAACGACUGACUGUUUUUUUGAUUACUUCAAAGAUAUGUGAUUUAAUAACGCUAUUUUAUCACAACUAUGAAUGCACUUUAUACAAAUAAGACAUGCUUUUGAAACAAAUAUUUUUUAGUCACCUUGUAGACCAGUUUUGCUAUGAAUAAAGACUUUUUGUUUGCUGUAA